GUGACCUGGAAGUAAAGCGUGUCGUUUCCGGUCGCGUGACCAGAAGUAUUUGAAAAAAAAGUGGUUUAGUGUGAAAUGAAAACUAAUCUAGGGUGUUAUAUGUCGUUGUCAACGAUUCAAAAAUGCGCUUAGAAAGUAUGAGAUGCAGCGUUGAUGCUGAGUGUCCGAUGAGAAGGCAAUUCAUUUACACCACGAGAUAUCUACAAUAUUCCACCAGUAUUGGUUCCAUCAUUUAGACGGACAGAAGUUUGGGAUCUAUAUAUGUAUGGAAUAUACUGUAUAUUCAUUGUCUUCAACAACAGUACCCGCGGAUUCUUGAAUCAGACUGCAAGGUACUGACGUGUUGGCGAUCCAUUAUGGGUAUUUGCCAACGCAGAGUCUAUGCCUGCGUAAUUUUUUCAAGGUGACCGGUCAAAAUAAGGACCACAGUCAUGAACGAUUCGGACCAGGACUUUGUUGACCUCUGCUCAAAGCUGUUGAAACGUUCCCGCAAGAAAGGAGUCGAGCCAAAACGUAGGCGAGUCGACCAGCAGAUAUCUUGUCAGACUAGCGAUGGAGACCAGAGAGGAAACGAGGAGAGUUCUGGGUCUCAGCUUGUCCAGAGCGAACCACAACAGGUCACGGAAAACACGGGCAAGGUUGUGCAUGAUUCAGGAGAUACUGUGUUAACCUCAACACAAACAACAGGACCAGGCUUGGGGACAAAAGACAAAUUGCUCAGCAGGAUGCAACAGUUCAAGAGAGCCGAUCUGCCAAAGAUGAUGCACGAUGUGGAUCAUGUCAGGGAACCCUAUCCUCCACUGUCAGAAAUACUGCAUUCGUCCACUUCAGAGCAGCAUCUGAGGACUCACGACAGCGAUGAGGUUCUGGCCAUGCAGCUGCAGCAUCAACUUGACCAUGAGGUGGCAGAGGUCCACACACCGGACUUGGCGGCUGAGGGUCUGUUCUUCUGUCACAUCUGUCAAAGAGACUUAUCUCACAUGACACCCGAGCGACGCACGCAGCACAUCAACAGGUGUUUGGAUGACAGUGAGCAUCAAAUGGCUCCACCUCCUCCUCCUCCUCCUCCACGUCCUCCUCCACCAAGUGUCCCUGACUGUCCAAUUUGUGGCAAGAAAUUCAAGUCGCACAAGAGUCGCUCCGUCCACUUGAAGCGUUGCUCGGCAGCCAUGGGUGUCAAUCCUGCCGACCUGCUGCAGGCGCUCCAGAGGCAGGCAGAAGAGACGCAAAGUGACGUGACCGAUGCAAUUACACAGACUGGUGGCGCCAAAAGGAAAGGUGUAACUAAGGCAGGCGCAGGAGCCAGAAAGAAGCCCAGGAAAAAGGCUGAACCCCUGGAUGAAAACACCAUGGUGGCCCUGGCUCUGUCAUCCUCCCUGUUGGAACAGGAGAGGGAGCAGCAGUGUGCGGCAAGAACACAAUCCAUGGCUUCUGAUUCCUCCAAGACGCCUGUUUUGAAGUGGAGGCCAGAUGCGGGAAAUGGGCGUGGUAAGAGGAAAAAGGGCACAGUUCCUCGUCCUCUUCCAAUCCUCCUCAUCCAGGAUGCCGAUGCGGCCCUGAUGAGGCUGCAAGAACGAGUCUCUGCCCUCCUCCUACGUAGUCGAGCUCCUUCUCCGCCUACACCUACCUGCUGUCCCAGUACCUUGUCUGCCUUGAGCGACGCUGCCCCGCUGUGGCAAAAGAGUGCAUUGAGUGGACACACCGCCAGUGUUUUCAACUUCUUCGUCCCGGAGCUCAAAGACUUCAUCACACCGUGGGAAUCGGCACAAACUCCCUCCUCUGCCUCCGAACCCAACAACAAAGCUUCCAUCUUGUCCUCUUCCCAGACGCCCGCCUGCUCCUCAACCCCCUCCACUCCAACUAUGGGAGAUCUCCCAGCGAACAGUCAGGCCCUGCAAGACCUAGUGGAGCUGUCUGAAAUGGCCCAUGGUGACUCUACUGCUCCUGUCCCCGAUAAAAACACCAGCUUGUCCACAGACCUCCAACUGAGUGGCUUCUUUCUAGACGAAACAACUUACCUAUGUGUGAGUGGUGGACCACUGGCAAUGACGCACUCCGAUACAGAUGACCUCCAGAGCCAAGCAAGAAGGACUUUAUGUCAGCCAGGAGCAAGUGAAGAGAGCAGAAGCCAUUUAUCAGUGGCGCUUUCCACCCUGGCAUCAAAUCUGAGCAGCAUGGUGAACAACCCUCAGUUGAGCGACUGGCAACUCCAGGUGGACAGUGGCCAAGUCUUCUAUGCGCAUUCCUUCAUGAUUUAUGCACGCUGCCCCCUCCUGGCAGAAAUGAUACAUGAAAGUGGAUUUGGGGUGCAUGAGGAGGGAAUUCCCACAGCUCAAAGGGUGUUGAUCAAUGAUGUCCCAGGACAGGCAGUGCUGGUUCUGCUGCAGUAUCUUUACACUGCUCGCUUUUCCUAUCCAGCCUCAUUACGUCCUCAUGUCCUGGAGUUGGCAUCCAGGUUUGAUCUACAGGAGCUGCGCCAGCUAUGUGAACUUCAUGUUGACGAAGCUUCAACUCAGAAUGCUGAUGAAGCCGCCACAAGCCACUUGGAUUAUCUCAGUAAUGACACGGACAAGAACUUAACAGCGCUCUUCAAUUCCAUGUGGAGCCACGAAGAUGAUACGGACCGAGAAGGAGGUGACGAGAGCCGUCUCGAAAAAGCUGCUGGCGGCACAUCAGGUGACGGGGACCUCCACGAGGAGCUGGUGAAUGAGGAAGAGCUGGAUGAGAUUUACGAGUUUGCUGCCACACAAAGAAAGAGGGAUGAGGAGAGGCCGAGCACGGGAGAAAGUGAGGGGGACGAUACAGAGAUGACAAGCAAACUAAUUGAACCAAGAGAAACUCCAGGAAGAUGUAGUGACAGAAGCCCUCAGCCUGAAUCGGAAUCACUUCCAGACCACAGCCUUGACAGCAGCUACAAUCGCCUCUUCUCAGACUCUGAGGGGGUCUACAAAGAAGAAGAACAACCAUCCAUCUGUCCUCAUUCAUCUACUUCACCAAGAGCACAAACGCAUCAUGCUCCCUUGUUCAAAUUAUCUGGUAGAACCUUGCUUCAGUCGUCAGCAAGUUUAGGCAGUGACAUUUCCCCCAAUGGAUCAAACUUGCCCAUCCCUGGUGUGUCCCCAGACAGGGAUGGUGAGUGCAGCCCUAUGAGAGUAACAGAAAUAGCUACUGUUGCACAGGAAUCUCCGAAGCAAGAUACGCCUCUCGAACCUCAAAGCCCAGUUAGCGGUAGCAUAUGUGUCCCACUGCUUUUUAAUUCAUCGAGGACAAACGAGCCAGAACUGAUAGUUUUGUCAGACUCCAGCGAGGACAUGGAGGUACCUGUUGCUGCCCAGAGUCCUGUCUUGUCACAUUCCCACACAAAGCAGAGCUUCACUCACUUGAAGCCAACAGAGUCCUUGACGGAGAAGAAGCAGUCCAGAAAUUUGGAGUGCAGCUUCGGUGACUUAAGUCAGUCUCCUGACCAACCGAAUCAAGGAAAUUGUUCGCCGGAACUCUCCUGGCUCCUCCCCUCCACACCAGUCAACAGCACCCCCAGAAGAAUAAGCUUGGACAGUUCUACUCAAACCAAAGUCAGCAUGCGGAAAACAGAGCUUUUCCCAAAGGAGUCAACGCGUCUUGGCACAGUGGAGCUCAACCCGGAAAGAGCAGAGGUGGCGUCGCCGGUGUUUGCCUACUUCUCAAGCGUUUCUACUCACCUCCACGAGUCUUCAAAGCAAGAGACGCCUCUCCAGGUCUGCGGUGACCCUUACAGCAGCACCCCUCUGCACCCCCAUCACCGUAUCCGGCCCGACCCUACGCUGCCCGACGCAGGGCCUGACACGCCAAAGUCACUUAGUCAAGAACACGAAAGUCCUAAGAAGAAGCAAUUGGAGAUCGUUCAUCCCUCCCCUUUUCCUGACCCUUCAGAACCACAUUCUUCCCCCGCUCACAGAAGUGUUCUGAGUUCAGAGAGACCCAGUAAGUGCUCCAGCCCAAAUUCUGCUCACGCCAACAGUCACAACAGCACAGGAUUUAAGCCAACAAGGAGGGGAACAGCAAGUGAAGAUGGAAAGGUCACAGAGUUGGAUGAUGACCACAUAGAAGAAGCAACAAGCGACAAAAGUUUUGAGCAGAGCUUGCUGGCCAUGUACGAGCCGUCAAUGGCGUUCAACGACUCGUGGGGUCUCAACGCCUGCGAUGACGUCGCAGGGAACCCGGGAGGCUUUAGUCUGAGACUAGAGGACAGCGGAGGAUGCAGCCGGCCAGUGGACACGGCAGCCUCGUCCGCCACCUCUCACUCACCGACAUCUUAUCAAGAUGGUGCAAGUGGCGACCAUGAAGCUAAAAAUCGGACUUCACAGCCACCUACGAGUAAAGAAAAUCAGAUCUUCAAGCCUCCAACACCUCGCCUCAUUACCGAUAUUCCUCCAGAGAUAAGUGACAGCCUUCUGAUCGCCAACGUGUGGGACAGCUCGGAGGAGGAAGAGGAGAUACUUCCUCUUUCUCAAAGGCUAAAACCUUCUGUCCAACUAAAAACGACACCUCCUCCUCGCAAUAAGAAGCAUCGCACUCUGGUGCCCAUCACGCCAAUGCCUCACUACUCUGACAUGGAUACGCCCGAACUAAAAAACAAACUUGACAGGUUUGGUGUUCGGGCAUUACCGAAGCGCCAGAUGAUCCUCAAGUUGAAAGAGAUCCACCAGUACACCCACCAGCUUGUCAACUCGGACAGUGAAGAUGAGGCGCCCUGUGUCGGGCCUGUAGCCCAGACAGAGGGCGCUCACUCCAAGUCUGGCGGCAGGCAUGUAGCCUUGGAACAGAAAGUCCAUUUUAAAGAUUUGGCGGCUUCCUUCUCUCCAGCAAAAAACACCCAAGAGGAGGAAGACGUGGAACUGCCGUCCAACUCUCAAGACUCCAAUGCCUCUACAGCUACUUCAAGUGAAGAAUCUGAAAGGCACAACCCGGAACUGUGUCCUUCCUCUGGCGGUGACUCAGACAGCGAUGGCGGGAUAUCGGCUUCCCAAGCGGCCACCCGCCUUGAAGAUCGCCUGCAGGCCGUGCGCUCCUUCAUCCUAUCCGACUCCAGUCUGUACAGUCAGAUCCUGCAUUUCCAGCCUCUGGUCCUGUCUCAACUCCAGGAGCGUCUGAAAGCCGCAGGCAUCCGCCUCGGUGCCGCCAAGCUGGUCAACUUUCUUGACUCCCAGUGCAUCACUUUCACCACGGCAAAACCGGGGCAAGCCGCACCCACUCGCAGACGCGUCAGGAAAACGGGCAAGAAGGCGAAAGCAGCAGCGAAAUGAGUGAUUGAGGCAGAACUUCCAAAGCUCUUACGGUGUCAUCAGGCAGAAAAAAAAAUUGUAAUGGAGAAGCUCUGAGAAAAAUAAAGUGGCACUGCUUUUAAGAACUA